UCCUGUUCCUGAUCCCCAAAUCUCCGUCAUUCCUCUGAAAGUUGGAGGUUUUACUCUCGAAUGUGAGGCGACAAGCAUGGGGUCGGAUGUGGAAAUCACCUUUCUCGAUGAAAACGGAAAAAACCUCUCUGCCGAUGACCCAAAAGAAAAUGUCCCCAGAGGAUGUUACACCGUGCAACGAAGAGUGACUCUGCAGGAAGCCGCCAGCAGGGUCACCUGCAGAGUUCAUCGGGCGGACACCAAAGAGACCAGAGAGACGCAGAUUCAACUUCCAGUGGAGGAGCCAAAGUCCUGUUUUCUCACCGGUUUCCUCACUGUGGUUGUCACUGUAUUAGUGACUGUGGUUGUCACUGUAUUAGUGGCUGUGUUUGUGUUAAGAUGUAGAUCAGAUUUGGUCGACUCACUGCGGAGGAAAUGUUGCAAAACUGAGCAAAAAUUAUUAUUGACUGGAGUGUCCUCGGGGGAAAGUGCUCCUGACAUCGGGGAUGACAACGCGAAAAAUGAGACCAUUGAGACACGACACCCAGAAGUGGCAGCCCAGUCGAAGCGUAAUCAGGAUAAAGAACCCUUCUGCAAACUAAAUAAGGGCAUUGCUAAACUGCAGAUUCAUAAGGUGAAUCAGCAGGAAGACGAGUCCUCCCAUCUCCUGGCCCCUUCUCUGCACAAACGUCUGUCACCAUUGAUUAACAAACCCAGCAUUACCUUUGGAGAUUCAACAGAAAAAUCUGAGUCAUUGUUGAAAAGUAAAUCGACCUAAUCAACCUUUUGAUUAAUGAUGGCACUCUGGAUCAUUUGGAUUGGACAGUGCUUAUUUAUUUGAAAGAAAAUGGUCCACAGUAGAGGUUAUCAUUUUCGUCUUGACCUCUCUAUAUCCAAUGGCCGCUACAUUGCUUAUGGUAGUCCAAAUCAGCCCACCGGGACUACAAAUAUGGCCCCCUUCUGGUUAAAACUGCCAUUUUUAAACCUGAAAAAAUUUAAAAAACAAUGUCUACGCAUUAAUACACUUCUUGGUGGUCAGUUUAGUUUUGGUUCUAUCUUUUUAAAAGUCUCUAUUGCGGGUACUUUUGUCAAUUGAUACAUCCAACCUAUAUAUAUUGUAUAAUAUCCACAAACUCAUCACAUAAAGUUGCAUAAUCAGAGUUUUAAACAUGUGGAUUAGUUCUGAAUUCAAGCUCUGGGUUAGGUUUAGGAAACAUUACGUAACUAAGCGUAAGUUAACUUGAAUUUUAAAUGUAUUUGACCAAUGCAUCCCCUUUUUUCCGGACGUAACAUGUUUGAGGCAAGUUCAUUACAAUUUUCUUAGCAUAAGUCCAAGUUUUGAGGUAGUUUUGUUAUAGAGCCACGCUAGCUGCUUCCAGUCUUCAUGCUAAGCUAACAUCAUGCUAACCAAGCUACAUGUCUAACCUACAGAGCCGAGUUACAAUGUUUUGAUCUAUCAUUACAAGAGCAUUUUAUACAUAUAUUCUCCUACUAAUUGCUUACUCGUUUUAUUAAAUGUGAUGCUGUUUCUUUAGCAUUUGAUUGCUAAUGCUAAUUCUUCUGCACGUCUUUCAAAGUGAUUUAUAUUAACGUAUGACUGAAUGAAACAAAACAGAAAGCUGAUUACAUCUCAGCAGUGUUGGAAGAAGUGCUCAGAUCCUUUACUUCAAAUACUCUACGUUACCAUUGGAGGUCCUAAUUUUAACAUCUUAAAGUUAGGGGUUUAUAUAAUUCAGUUUUUAAACAUUUAAGAGCGUUUUAGAAUCGUAGUUUGUCAAUUUGAACACAUUUAUAUAUACUGUGUUUAGAAAUACUUUGUAGAUCUGUAGUAAUUAACAAAUAACUACUUAAGUACUAUACUUGAGUAAAUAUAGUUAGUUACUAUUCACCUCUACAUUUCAGAAUACCCACAUUGAGGAUGUGUUUUCCCUGUUUUAGCCACCAAAGGACGCUUGCAAUAAUACCUGUAGCUGUGUCCUUCUGCAAUAUCCUCUGUGACUUAUAAGAUGCACCGGUGCUAAUUGUUCCUCUAAACAUUGAUAGAGAAAUACAUUUAUUUUAAAGUAACUAAAAUGUCUUUAUGUCUGCAGGUUGUUUCACGAUGGCAUUAUGUAAAAUGUGAAAAUAUGUUUAGUGUGUUGAAAACUUUAUUUUUGAAAAUGUUUUGCAUAUUUUAAUGUGUGUGGGAUCUAUAAAAGGGCUCGGUUUUAUAAAAUAAAAGUAAGUACUGUAUUUGGGAUUAUAUAUUAUAAUUUUUUGUAAACAUUAUGCAAACAGGUACUCAAUGUGUGUAUUUUUAAACAUGUCCUAUUCACUAUUAUAUGAAAUAAAGCACUUU